AUGCAGGUGGUAGAGCCACAGCCUUCGGGGACAAAGCAGCAACUGUUGGUGUUCAGUCGACAAUCGGUGGUGCAGCCCCACGAGCCACCUAACCGCAAACCACCGACACAUCAAAUCUCAACAUCACGCCAGCAACAGCAACUACGUGAGCCCUUGCCUCUGGCAAGGCAGCAACAGAGGUUAGUUUUGCCUCAUGCACCGGUGAUGAAGCAGCGAAAAAAGCCUAACCACAAGCCACAUCAGCAAGAGCGGAUAUUAAUUCCCCUACCACCAGCCAUGCAGCAGAAGAAGACAUCGUUAUUGUCUCUACCACAGAGGAUUCAGCAACAGCAGCAGCCCAAAAACAAGCCACAGUCACUGCAAGACCCAACACCACAGCAGGAACUGCGGGUGAUAGUACCGCUGCUAUCAGUUACGCAGCAGCCGCAGAGGUUGGUAUUGCCCGAACCGCCAACAAUGCAACAGCAAAAACCACCUAACUACCAGACACCGUCUCAGAAAUACUUAACACAACAACAGCAGCAGCCGCGUGUGAUAGUGCCACUGCCAUCGGUCACACAGCAGCAGCAGAGGUUGGCGUUGCCCAAACCACAAAAUGAUGCAACAUCAAAAGCCGGUUAA